AUGAGGCAGCGUCGAUGGUUGGAGUUAGUGAAAGAUUAUGAUAUGGAGAUUCCACGUCACCCUGAUAAAGCUAAUGUGCAAAAAAUUACUCAGGGUCAGCAGAGGUGCCCUUAUUUUGCAAAAGUCGUGAAGCAACUUGAGACUGAACGAAUCAAGUAUUUCUUGAUGACAGGCGAUGGAUGUGCCAAAAAGAUGUAUCAGGAUUUGAAAACAUUCUUUUGGUGGCCUGGGAUGAAGAAAGAUGUUGCUGAAUAUAUAGGGAUGCACGGUUUACCUCUCGAUUCUGGAAGAGUCUUCAGGAAGCCCUUGGAAGAGAAUUCUGACGCCCAAAGUCGUCAGAAGAGUUAUGCUGAUGUUAGGAGAAAGGACCUAGAGUUCGAGGUGGGGGACCAUGAUUUCUUGAAGGUUGCACCAGUUCGUGGUGUUUUGCAAUUUGGUAAGAGGGGAAAGCUUAGCCCGCGUUUUAUUGGAUCUUUCGAGAUCCUCGAAAGAAUUGGCCCAAUAGCCUACAAGUUGGCUUUACCACCAACGUUGGAUACUAUGCAUAACAUUUUUCACGUUUCGAUGCUGAGGAAGUAUGUUGUAGAUCCUAUGCAUAUUCUUCGUUAUAAAGACUUGGAGUUAAAGGAGGACUUAAGCUAUGAAGAACGACCUGUUAAAAUUUUGGCGCGAGAAGUGAGAUCCUUGCGUAGCAAAGAUAUUCCCUUUGUUAAAGUUUUAUGGAAGAAUCAGCAAGCUAGUGAAGCUACUUGGGAACGAGAAGAGGUGUUUAAACAAGAAUAUCCACACUUGUUUGUAGAGUUAGAAACUUUCGAGGACGAAAGUUCUUAAAAGGAGGGUAGAAUUGUAAUAAUCUAAAAA